AACAGAAACAGAAUAACCAAAACUCCGAGAUACAGCAGCGGAUCCAUUCCAACUCCUUCCUUCCUUUUCCUUUUUCCCUCAAAGUACAAAAAAGUAUGUUUUUUUUCUGACGUCCCUUGAACGGUGAUACCGUUGUCGAAUUAAACGUUAAAACGUAAUUCUUGCAUAUAAUCUGCCUUACUUAAAAAAAAAAACCUUUCCCCUGCUUAACACCGUGCAACCGCAAAUUUUGUCACCUUAAUUUUAUUUUGCAUGAGGUUUAGUUUCAAGAACCUGUCUAGGUGGCCCAGUUAGCCCCGCCCCUACUCAGCGCUGAUUGGCCAGUGGCGCGUCAAUUCUGUCGACUCCAGUUGUUGCGUGGAGACUUUUUACCCAAUCAGAAAGAGGGAAGACCGUCACACCAUUGACUGAGUCGGGCGUGCUCAUUAGCAUUCACCCUGUAAACGGAGGCAGGACAUCAACCAGCGGGAUCCCCAAACUCUUAAAGCGACAGCUUAACGCCCAGUCAUUCAUAUAAUAAAACAAGUUAUCCACCAUUCUUUCACACGUUACGUAAUCAUUAAUAUGGAUUCCGAGUCUCUGUUGUGAUCGAGAUUUUGCAAGACAAACCAGUUCAUUCAAAUUGAGCCCCUGUGGGUUUGAUCAGUAUUAAUCAAUGGCGGUAAUGGCAGCGUCUCAGUCUCCGUCUGGGAGCGCGGCUCAGUCUACGACUGCUGGGUGGGGCGAGUGUGUGGAUGCGUUCAGCUCACUUUGAGAGGAAAGCGGACGGCAGCUACUGAAGCUCCUAUGCACUCAACUAGGACUUCAAUGGCACAUGAACUGACUUUCAGCUGUUUUUACAGCAGUUAAAGGUGGAGUCGACGAGGAAGCAUGGAGCCGUUCAAACGCUGCGAUUUUUCACGUCAAAUCAAGACAAUCAAUGGAUUUGACCGAACAUGCCACAAGAAUAUUCUUGAGUCUAAAGAUAUAACAGACGCGCUCUGCAGUAGAUUGAACUAUACUGCAAACCACGCUUCUCCUUCAGUGAAUGGAGUUUGCGACUUUUAAAGAAACUUGCGCUGCCAGGGCAUCUCUCUCUCUCUCUCUGUGUGUGUCUCUCUCUCUCUCUCUCACUCUCUCUCAGCGACUCUAGUGAGCUGGUGAGCGGCGUGUGUGUCGGCGGAGUCUCGCCAUGCCUUCCCUCCACCACGGGGCCGUUUUCAUCGGCGUCUUUCUCAUCGUCACCGGCGGCUCCACCGCCUUCCUCACGUCCAGCCAGAGCAGACUGCAGGCGUUCAGCCUGUGCUGCGUGGUGCUGGGAGCCGUCAUGCUCAUCCUGGGGCUCUUCUGGGCCAUGAACGGCAAAAGCAACCCCGUCACCUACACUGCCGACUAUACACACGACUACAGCCAUGUCCUCUUCACCCCGCCGCCCGGGAGCCGCUUCCCUGAGUCACAGUCCGUCUUUCUGAACAGAACUCUGGAGAGGCACAGACGAGGGAUGUACAAUGAAGACUUUGACUACCCUCCCAUGGAGACCACUUGCUUCAGUCCGUCUGGUCGAGGACAGCCCCCCCACUGGGAGAUGGAGCCACCGCCUCCUUAUGAAGUAGCCAUCAAAACCACAUGCAGCUCCACGCACCUAAGACGCAGCUACUCGGACACUCUGCUGCCCACCGAGCCGCUCUUCAGCCGCUCCCGAGAGAUCAGCUUUGAAGUGUAACAGGGCCCUGACUGCCAAUCAACCCCUUGGCCCCGCCCCUUACUGAUACAGACAACCAGCAUUGAGGAACACGUCUCAAUGAUGUCAACCUAAGCCCUUUGCACUGCAAAUACAUUUUUUUAUCCUUACUCAUUCUGCCCAACCUCAUUCCAUUCCAAGUAUGGUCAAAACAGUUUGCCAUACUGAUCUUCAUCUUAACGAUCUUUGCUAUUGCUAAUGAUUCGAAAUCAUGGCCUAAUUAUCAAAGCUAAGAGGUUCUGUCCACAUGCAGCUAUAUCAGGAGAUACUGAUUAAACAAAUUGCCCAGAAUGUUCUAGAAAAAAUAUGCUCCUCCCACUGUAAGUCAUUCACAGAUUUCACCCAGAGUAACAUGAUGAAUCACAAUCACUGCUUGAAUUCGCUGGUAAAGAGCACACAGAUUUGCUGGUGGCACAAGUCGUUCUUAAAGGAUGUUCAGAUUGUGUUUGCUGGACCAGUGAAAAUGUACUUACAUUCACUUGCACAAUGCAAACUCAAAACAAGAUUUAGGGCCAGUUUCCCAGUCGCAGAUUAAGCCUAAGCGUAAACUUCCAAGAUCUCCAGUAGCGAUUCACUAUUAGCAUUGAAGUUUAGACCAGAUGUAAUCCUUGCCAUAGAAACAGACCCCCAGUGUUUAAUAAACCAAAUCAAAAAAUAUUCCUGCUGAAUCAGAAGCACAUGUUCCACCAGGCCAUAAACAAACAUAAGACAAACAUUUUUGGAAUUGUACCAAUUGCUAUUCCUUGUGCUUUGCUGCUGUUAGUAGCAUUGAAUUGACUGCUGACAUGGUGGCAGGGCCCCUCCCAAUGGAUCAUGUCUCCUUGUUCAGACUUUUGCUGAGAACUGACAGCCCCUCCAUGGAACACAUUAGGGCAAAUGCAAUCCAGUGUACAAUUAGGUUUGUCACAAAUGGGCUUUUUUUUCCCCUGGAGGAAAUGGACAAUGUGAGAAACUUUGAUUUGUGAUGUAAUGUAAAUGUAGACCAGUGUUUGGUAAUGGAAAGCAUUGCUGAUCUGAUCUAAAAUGACCGCAGUGCAUUACCAGAUUUUCUAUUACUCCAGGGACCUCUUAGGGUUGUUUUUUUUUACACUGUCAAACGAGACACUUUCAGUGACUGCUUCCUCUGACAACCAAAGUUACAUUAAAAAUAUGUGCCUCCAUUAUCAAAUACACUAUAGGUGCUUUGCACAUAUACUAUGCAUUCCUUUUGCAGAGAAUAUGCAGGAUAUAUGUGGUGCAUGUACCCAAAGAGUCUGCU